UCUGACGUCAGCGCCUGCGUUCACAUGAUUCUGGUGGAAACAGCAACAUGGCUCUGCUCUUCAGCGAUGAGGAGUUUCAGCAGGCGUGGACCGAACUGGACGAGCCGCAGCUCGACGGCGGCUGGGAGUUCUUCACCGAGACUAUGAACGUCAAAAUAUACAGACUUUAUAACAAGGAAACGGGUUUGUACGAGUACAAAGUGUUCGGUGUUCUGGCCAGCUGCUCUCCAGAUCUCUGCGCAGAUGUUUACAUGGACCUGAACUACAGGAGAAAGUGGGACUCGUAUGUCAAAGAGCUGCACGAGAAAGACUACGACGGACAGAAAGCCAUAUACUGGGAGGUGAAAUAUCCAUUACCUCUGUCCAACAGGGAUUAUGUGUACGUGCGGGAGCGCCGGGAUCUGGACGUGGGAGGACGUAAGAUCUGUGUGGUUUUAGCCAAGAGCUCGUCCGUGUCUCAGUGUCCAGAGAAGAAGGGCGUGAUCCGGGUCAAAGACUACAAACAGAGUCUGGCCAUAGAAAGCGACGGCGCCGACGGCACCAAAGUGUUUAUGAACUACUUUGAUAAUCCUGGAGGAAUGAUACCCACGUGGCUGGUGAACUGGGCAGCGAAGACGGGCGUCCCUGCAUUUCUCACUGACAUGAAGAAGGCCUGCAGUAACUACAGCAGCUACUGCAACAACAAGUGAUGCAUGUGUGAGCUCAUCUUCUCUGCUUCUGUUUCCCUGUCAAGAGGGCAUUCUGGGUAGAGCUAUUACUGUUUCUGUGGUGACUGGAGAGAAUGUGUCUGGAAUCUUUCAUUACUGUUCUUUUAUUGUCUAAACUAUACAAUCGUCAGUUAAAGAGUCAAAUGAAUCCAGCUUCCUGAUUAAUUUUAGCAGGAAAUUAGGGCUAGUUUGAGUUUGGAACAACUGUUUUAAUGUAAUAUAGAUUCAUGAAAGCACUUUAAUUCAUUAUGUCGUGUGAGAAUGUAUGAAAACAUUAACUGUAGUACAUCAAAUGCACAAAACCAAUCAACAAGCCUUCCUGAAGUCUCUUCUGCUCACCAAGGCUGUAUUUAUUUGAUCAGAAAUACAGAAAAAUCUGUAAAAUUGUGAAAUAUUAUUACAGUUUCAAAUAACUGCGUUCUAUUUGAGUAUAUUUAAAAAUUUAAUUUAUUCAUGUGAUCAAACCAUGAAUUUUCAGCAUCAUCACUCCAGUCUUCAGUGUCACGUGAUCCUUCAGAAAUCAUUCUGAUAUGCUGAUUUUAGUGCUCAGUUAUUAUUGGUGCUUAUUUGUUAAUAAUGGCUAAAAUAGUAACACAUUUAUAAUGUUACAAAAGAUUUCUGCCACUUUAGCAUCAAUUUAAUGCAUCCUAUAAUAAAUAAAUUUGGAUAAAUUCUUAAUUUCUUAAAAAAAAAAUUUUUUUAAAGGUAGUUUUCAAUAAUUCAAGCACAAAGUGCUUAAACUAGCCCAAAACUAUCCCAAUCGCAUUUAAAGGGGGUUCCUUGUUAAAAAAAAUUGCAUUUAGCAGCAUAAAAUAUACAUUUUUUUGGGUUCCCCUGGUAAAAGUCGCAUUCCAGAGGAUAAAUAUCACAUUUUUUGGAGACUCUUCAACCCGUGGCAACAGUGUUAAAGUAGCCCAGUUCUGCGGACUUGGCAACACUGAAUUGUUAAAUUGGCCAAGGAUCAGCAAUCUGUACGUAAAACUGAUUGUGCAGACCAAACUGUAAUUCAUAGAGACUUGAAACUUGGAGGGAUGGUAGUAGCAGUGUUUCCAAGUCCGUGGUUUUCCCAAGAAAUUAGGCUACUUUAACGCUUUUGCCGUGGGUUGUUUUUUAUGUCUGAGGGUUGAAGAGACCCCAGUAAAGUAAUACUUAGCCCCUGGAAUGCUAAUUUUACUAGGGGAACCCUGCCAAAAAAAAUGUGCAUUUUACCCCCUGGAAUGCAAUUUUUAAUAGGGCGCCCCCCUCAAAAUGCUAUUGGGCUACUUUUGGCCUAGUUUUGAGUAGCAAUAGGGUGGGUUUUGUUUUGAAAACCUGGCAACCCUGAGUAUUACUUACACCGCCUACAGCGUCCCCAAUGCUCGCUCCAAUCAGCCUGACGGGGGCGCUACAGCAAUCAAAAGUAAAAAUCACAUCAAAAUAUCAGAUUUAUAUAAAAAAGUUGAACUUUCGACCGUCACAAAGGGAACGAAAUUCGGUGGGCCUGUUUGACUCACGGCCCCAAGUGGGGGCGAUAUAUCACAUUUUUCAAGGGUGUAAACAAUUGCAUAUUGCACGUUUUUGUGCAUAUACGUGCAAGAUUUGUGUCAUACGAUAGAACUCCUUUGGCUCUAGAAGCACCACUAUCAAUAAAAUCAUUUGUUAAAUGAUUGAGAAGAUGUUAAAAAACCUACUUUUGCAAACUAGUCCUAGGUUUUUUGCUUGAACCCCAGUAAUUGCUGCAUUCAGCUACAUUCAGAUAUGUUUCUUGAGCAUCAGAUCAGCAUGUUAGAGUGAUUUGUGAAGGAUCAUGUGACACUGAAGACUGGAGUAAUGAUGCUAAAAAUUCAGCUUUGAUCACAGGAAUAAAUUAAAUUGUACAAUAUAUUCACAUAGAAAAUAGUUGUUUUAAAUUGUAAUAAUUUUUCACAAAUUUUACUGUAUUUUAGAUUGAAUAAAUGCCAUCUUUUCUUGGUGAGCAGAAGAGACUUCUUUUAAAAACAUUAAAAGCAUUUUUAGAUAUAAGUAUCCAAACAAGCACGAGGGUCACAGUAUGUGAUCUGAGCAGUAAUAUAACAACAACUGAACACAAUCAUGCACUUACUGUAUAUAUUAUAGGACAUUUUAGCAUGUACUGGUGCUGAAUGACCAAUGAGCCUCUGCAGAUUGGGUGUGAUGGACUGUAGUGCUCCAGCGCCCUCUGCUGUUGGAUUCAAGUGCUGUUUGAUAGAAGGGAACUACGACUUGACAAACACACUGAAGUUCACACUUAUUUUAUUUUAAUGGCCAAUGCAGUUUUUAACUGGUAAUGUAACUUGCUGUAAAUUGAGAAAUGUAGUUAUAUUUCUGAUACUUUGCAGAUACUUUUAAACAGGAAUGAUUAUUAGGAUCCUGCAUAAAUCACAUUUAUGACAAAUGCUGGAAUUCAGAGAUGGGACUAUAUUUAUGAGCGUUUGCAUGGACAAUAUUAUGCCUGUACUCACGUCUGAAAUCAAAAAUGUGUGCUGUUUACAUGGUAAUGCUGAGCACAGAAACAUUUGGCUGUUGAAAAAAUAUUUUAAUAUGUAAAAUCUUGUAAUCAAGACUAUUAAAUAUCAGAUUUCUGCAGUUCAGAUAUGCAAAAUGAAACUUUUUAUGACACAGCAUGAAUUUGAAUGUUUUGAUGAAUGAAUGAUGUGUUUGAUACUCUAACAGCAGCUUAAAAAGCACUUUGUUGCAAUACAGGCCGUUAAUAUCCGCUAGUGUUUAUAUUGGAAAUUAUAUUGAUAGGAGAUGAAGUGACAUUGCCUUUGACUCCGUUUUAACACUCCGUAGUUUCGUUGUGUCUUUUGGUGUGUUGUUUUCCUCUGGUUCUGUUUUUUGACAUCUCUACCUCUUAAACUCAGUGCUGAAAAUUAAAAAAAAAUCUCCUGUACAUUCUUCCUCAACCUCUUCAUUAUUACGUUUUAUUGCAAUAAACUGGUGUUUUGCCUUUGAA